CUGCGUGGUUUCCCGCACUUUACGGAGUACCGUACGGCAAUUAAUCAUGGGAGAAGUGAAUUCAAAUCCACGCUCAGUCUAGAUCCUCUUGGUUCUCUGGAGAGACCGGCAAUGUUUAUCCACUUAGCCCAGGCCACGCACAAAACCUCCGGAACAACAGGGGAAGAAGAGGAGAGGGUCCAUGCUCAACCAUCCCGCGGCCGCGGGAGAAUUUUGAUCGAGUAACAGAAAUGUCAAAUUCAGGUACCCCUCCGAGUUUUGAUCGAGUAAGAGCAUCUCCUUUGGCAGAAAAAAGUCGAAAUUUUGUCUCGCCCCAGGGGACCCCCGAUGGCGGAUGCCGGAGGCGCCCGAUACAUCCGACCCAUGGGUGAAGAACACACUGACCCGGACAUUUCACAGCCUCCCUCCCCUCCCCCCCCCUUCGCGAGUGUCUGCCGCCUUGACGGGAGCAACAAUGAAAGAGAGGUCGCAAAGACGAACGGAGAGAAAGAAAGAAACCCUUCCACGAUGCGACACAAGCACCUCUUUAAGUCACGAGAGCAGCUGAUAAGGAGGCUCAUGAUCAGCUUGCACCUUUCAGGCGAAGUGCAUAGCUUAACCGUUGAACGAGAGGCAAUGAGAGGAAGACCCGGUGGAUCUGUCACUGCUGUGGGCCCCGAUUUCUGUUACUCGAUCGAUAUUAUGGCGAUUGGCCUACUAGAUAAUCGGGCGAGGCGGAGAGGAACAAUGCCUGCUUAUCACGUCGGAUACUUAAACAACCCCUUAUCGGAGGGCCUGACUCGAUCGUUUUCUCGCCCACUGCCUGCCUUAUCAGAGGAAGGAAUCCCUUGCCUACCGCCAUUUCCGCCUUAUCGGCCUAUCAGCCCUUCUUCUCCUCCUUAUCUUCGUCCAUUGUUCAGAGGUAGUCUGACUGUCUGUCUCGACCUUUUGUCUGCUCUGUCUCUUUGACUCCUCUCAUCCCUUGCCCUCUCUCCAUACUCGAGUCCUCCCAGUUCAUAGCCACAAAUGGAGCCCGUUCAAAUACCGUCAAUCACAGUGAUUGUCUCCUCGCGCGCCGUCAUUUCGGGGCGU